AAGGAUGAACAACUUAAAGGCGUGUCCAGCCAAACAAAUCCAGAGCAGAUGAACGAGUUCAUCCUGACGGACAGGGCCUCUCUCUCUGUCUCUCCGCUCAGUUGAAAGUUUUCGAGGACGCGACCCCAGGCAGCGAUGGAGAAGGCGGUGGCAGCCAACGCCGAGUUCGCCAUCAACGUCUUCAAGACGCUUGGUGCACGGGAGGCUGGUGGCAAUGUCUUCUUCUCCCCGCUCAGCAUUUCCGCGGCGUUGGCCAUGGUGCUGCUCGGCGCCAAGGGACAAACGUCUGAGCAAAUGUCCAAGGUACUUUGCUAUGAAGGAAUGAGCGAUGUUCACGAAGCUUUCAAGAGUCUGCUCGGCACUUUGAAAUCUCCCGGAGCGGGCUGCGUCCUUCGCAUUGCCAACCGUCUCUACGGCGAGAAGACCUUCGGCUUCCUCAAGGAGUUUCUAGAAAGGACUGAGAAGUUUUAUGAGGCUGAGUUGGCUGCUGUCGACUUCACCGGAGCAUUUAACGAUGUACGGAAGGAAAUCAACUCCUGGGUCGAAGGAAACACUGAAGGCAAAAUAAAAGAUCUUUUGGGCGAGGGCACUGUGGACUCCAUGACCCGACUCGUGGUCGUGAAUGCUGUUUACUUCAAAGGGAAGUGGGCCACACCAUUUAAUCUUCAAAAUACCUCCCAGAAAACGUUUUACCUUAACAAGCGAGAGACAAAGCCAGUGCAGAUGAUGUUCCAAGAGAAAAAGUUUAAACAUGGCUUUGUCCAGCACAUGAAUUUAAAAGUACUUGAGCUUCCAUAUGUGGGAAAUGAACUGAGCAUGAUUAUUCUGCUGCCAGCUGCCAUCGAAGAUGAAACUACCGGUUUGGAAAAGCUGGAGAGGGAGCUGAACCUUCUGAACCUUCAAACGUGGACAUCGCCCAUGGCGAUGCACUCUGGGGACGUUUUGCUGCAUCUCCCACGCUUCCGCCUGGAGCAAAGCUACACCCUCAAUGAGCCACUCUCGACCCUCGGCAUGGGAGACCUCUUCUCGCCGCUCACUGCCGACUUGUCGGGCAUGGACGGAAAACGUGACCUGUUCGUUUCGCACGUGGCCCACCGCGCCUUUGUCGAAGUGAAUGAAGAGGGGACAGAGGCGGCUGCCGCCACCGCAUUAGUCAUGAUGGUGAUGUGUGCCAUGCCUUUCCAGCCACCCUUUCAAUUUUGCGCCGAUCACCCAUUCAUCUUCCUCAUUCGUGACAACCGCAAUGGAAGCGUUCUCUUUUUGGGUCGCUACACGUCCCCCUGAGGGUCCAUCGAGGCUCCGAUUUUCGUUGAGAAAUGUGUACCGUCUGAUUUGAUUGUGCUACUUUAAGGGAAAAAUAUACUCACAUACCAGUGGGAAGACACUCCGUCAGAGUAGGGGGGAAAUAUGCUGGGGAUAAUAUACAAUAUGAGAACUCUUUUGCCAAUAGCAAGAUAAAGUAAUAGGUUUUUAACCUUUUAUCUGGCACCAAAAAUGACACCUUUAUACAAGGGAUGAUGUUUUUGAGUUGUGCGCCUUUUGGUGUCACCUGCUCCAACACCAUGUGAGACUAGGCUAUAAGAAAAGCCGUCUCGGGUGUGGACCAAUCAAUUUCAAGAACAGCGCAUAUCAUUAUCAGAGUUGUCUCUUCUUGUUUGCAUUUUGACUGUCAGUGUUGUGGCUAUUGCAAACAUGAUCCCUCGUAUAAAGGUGUCAGUUUUGGUGCCAAAUAAAGGGUAAAAACCUAUUGCUGGAUAAUAUACACUCCACUUGAAAUGUGUUGUUGUGGCACUCUUGAUUAUUGUUCUUAAGUAUUGUUAGCAAAACUUUGAUUUUUGGCUGCUGGGUAUUGUUGGGAGGGCUGCGUGAUUAAAGUCUCUCGAAUCUUAAAA